CACAUUUUAAAAAGUAAAGAUUCAAACGAAAAUGGAGACAUCAACCCCAGUCAUCCAAGUACUUUCUCGAAAUAACUACGAGGAACAACAUCUAGUUACUCUUCCCAACGCACUUCCUCUCCCAGAAUUGAACCCUUCUUCCAUCCGGGUUCAAACAUCCAUCAUCUCUCUGACCGCCAACAAUUUGACUUACGGACGGAUAGGGCACCUCCUGAGCAUCUGGGAUAUCCAUCCUCUCCCGCCAUCAAUUCCAACAGAAUAUUCGGACCCCACGAAAUUUGGUCGCAUCGCAGCUUGGGGCUAUGCAACUGUUCUCGAAAGCAACGUCUCUGAGAUUGGCACAGGAGCACAGAUAUUCGGACUUCUUCCCAUUGGAACUCUUCCGCUUGACAUGCAGAUUCGAAUGAACCCUGAAGUCCCGACCCAAUUCUUCGAAAUCAGCAAGCACAGAGAAAAUGUGAUGUCGCUUUACAACCAAUACACUUCCUACCCGCCAAGUAAAAGGACAGAGGAAUUGAAGAAAAGCCAAGCAUACGACGCAUUGUUCCAAAUAUUCUUCACAACAAGCUACUUGAUCAAUCGCUUCAGUUUCCCCUGGGACUCUGAAGAAUUGAUACCUCCAGCAGCCAAUUGGACUCUGGAAAAAGGAACAAUUGACAGCAAGACGGUCAUUCUGAUCUUUGCAGACAGUGGCAAAACAGCACUCGCCCUAGCAUACCUACUGAAAAGCUCUCGUCCAGCAGGGACACAACCCCGAACCAUUCUCGGAAUCGGCUCGUCCAAAUCCCGUUCUUUCGCCAAAGAAACAGGACUGUACGAUAAAGUCUUAACCUAUGAUUCCGACUCUGACAACAACCUAGAUGCAAAGCUCGACUUGAAAGCUGAUUCUAAAAUCCUUCUUGUGGAGUUUGGAUCAAGAGGUGAAGCGGGAAAUCGAUGGGAAGAUAAAUUCAGAGAAGAGGGAAGGAAUGUGGAGCAGUUGAUUGUUGCGGGAGAAGUCGUGGCAGAGAGUCCUGAGAAGGCGAACGAGAGGUUUAAGAAGAGGACGGAGAGAGGGGCAAGUGUGUUUAAUGCUUCGAUCGUGAGAGGAAAAGCGAUAGAGGUUUUGGGUGAGAAGAGAUUUUUCGAGGAGUUGAUGAGGGAGUGGAAGGUGUUCAAGGAGGGUGGAUUGGUGGAGAGUUUGAGAUUGGUCUGGGGAGAGGGAAUGGAGGGUGUUGGGAAGGGGUGGGAAAGGUUGUGUGAAGGUGGAGUGAGCGCGGAUCAGGGGUUGGUGUUUUCUUUGGACUGA